UCCCCUGAAAGGCACUAAAAAGUAAAGAUCAGAAUAUCCUGACAUGAAACAGUGGGCAUCUUUCAAAAACAAUGCUAACAACGUGCUUAUGUUUAUCUAGCAACAUACUCCAAUUUCCAUUAUGUGCUUUAACAGCAUUCUGUAUUCAAAGAUAUAAAUCAUGACACCGUGCUUUGUAAUUCUCCCAAAAACAUGACAGUUAUACACUGAAGAUGAUGUCUCUAGAUCAUUUAACACACAUAAACUUUAUUGUACAUGCCUAUUUAUUUAUUUAUAUAGUAACCUUUUAAGUAGCCGACGUCCACCCAAAAGCUUCUAAGAUGGUUAAUAUCCAGAUACUUAAGCCAAAUGAGCUGCUUCAAUUAUACCAUGAUGAUGGUAUUCAUAAAAAAUAGUAUUUGAAAUGCUUCAAAACAUACGUGCUGUAUUUCGAUCAUGUAAGACGGGUUGGGAAAAUGGUCAGAUUAUCAUAGCAUUUACGACCUCAAACAGAUGUGUACAAUAAGUUCAAGAUUUGACUGUACAUUUAUUCACUUUGCCUUUGCCUACCAGAGUAAGGAUUUCUUAGGAUUGUGGACAUGGUUUUCUCGGGUUUUUUAAUUGAAACUAAACGUUCAGAGAAGCAUCACACGAUUUCCAAGCUGAUAGAAGUUUCUGUGACUUGGUUUCUGUGGAUGCGAAAGUAACCACAUCGGAUUUUUAAGUAACACAACGUACUGCGCCGUUUGAUCAAUCCCGAUUUAAUCAAUUAACAAUGAUUGAUAAUCUCUGGAGAUAACAGGACUAGAUUGGUUGAACUCUUCUCAGACCUCUCCCUUUAUACGGAAACUUGUUUUGACAAGAAGUUGAUUGGUUUCUCAAGUGGACAGUGAGAUUCCUUUCGGAUCAAAGCCUAAUGAAGUUGCAGUGUAGCUUUGAUCUCGCCACUGGCUUCGAAAAUGCUCUCUUUGAUCUAUAAAUCUCCACUACUAUGUUUAUACUAAGGGUCAGUAUAAAUGUUUUGCGCGGACUGGAGUCCUUCACUUCAUCUCAAUCCGUGAGAACGAACACAUCUACUUUCCAAUUAUCCAAAUUUGGCGCUACUGAAUUCCUGUAGUAUUUCAUCCGACUGCAUUCUAGUGUUGUGUCCGAAGGCCCUAGAAAAUGGAUCCAGUUCAAGUUGCCAUCAAGCUGAGACGUCUCCUUAUUGCCCACGACAAUGCAGUGAAAGAGAUCCUGACAUUAGAUACCCAAGUCUACCAUCUGAUGCGGAAGAUGACAGCCAACUCCUCCAACAACUGCAUAAUCCGAGGUGAACAGCUGAUCCAGAGACGAUGGGUGCUGGAAGGUGUCAAGGAGAUGUUUACCAUCUACAGACAACUCAAGUGGCAAGAGGUGCAAGCCUGUGUAAACGCCAUCACCAAAGAUGCUUCUGCAGAGAGUGAUUCGGAGGCGGACUGGAAUGCAGAUACCUCUUUCAAUGAUGAUGAAGCUUCCUUCACGGAACUCUUGUCCGACAGCUCAUAUAGUGAGGACGACGAAGACCAGGGAGACCUAUACAGCAACGACAGCAGCUACGAUAUGACGACUCUCAGUCGAGCUUUGUCUGUAGACGACAGUGCACUUCAUAGAAACGCCUAAGGGAAAUCACAAGUCCCAUCCACAUCAACUAGUGCUGCAUUUACCUUGUUAUUCAUUUUUUGUUAUUGUACACAAAUGUUGCCUGACAGUGUGCAAAGGGCAUCCUAUUAUAUUGUAAACCACAUUUGUUUGUUGAUGAAUAUGCUGAGGAAAUAAAUAAUGAAGUCGA